UAAUAAAUAUCAACAACACAGCACGUGUUGUGUGUCGCCUUCCCUUCGUCAAACUUCACGAGCUGUCCGAGCUUUCUCUCGUCUUCUUUUCAUCGUUCACGCAUCUAUCAAUCUCGAUUGCGCGCCAAAAUGGGCUCGAAAGGCUACGAACAGGAAGGCACCAAGGUCUACAUCGGCAAUCUCGAGCGCUCCGGCGACGAGGAGGAGAUUGAGCGCGAAUUUCGUACAUUCGGGCCGCUCCGUCAGGUCUGGGUGGCACGCAAUCCGCCCGGCUUCGCCUUCGUCAUCUUCCAAGACCCGCGUGACGCCGAGGAUGCGGUAAAGGAGUUGGACGGCAAGAUUCUGUGCGGUCAUCGCGUUCGAGUCGAGGUCUCACACGGACGCUCGCGUUGGGGCUCUGGACGAGGCCGCGGCGGCGGUCGGUACGGCGGGCAGCGAAGGUCGCCGCCGACCGAGCGGUAUGGCAGGGAUAGGGACGACGGACAGCGAGGUCGUAUGCCGUAUGAUGAUCGGUACGGUGAGCGCGACCGACGGCCACCGCCGAGGGAUUUUUAUGAGGAGACCUACGGAGGCGGGCACCGCCGCGAGAGAGGUCGGGACACGCGAGACGAGUACAGGGAGCCAUAUCGUCGUCGUUCUAGAUCACGGAGCCCCGGUGUUCAUGUUGUUCGAAGUGGCGGUCAAAUGGGACGAAAGUUUUGAAACGCACAAGUCGAAGUUACUUUCAAGGUGUGACUGUGUUUUGGUGGAGACUGAGUCUUUUCAUGCAUGUUCAGAUAGUUGGAUGCUGUCGUUUGUUUGUUGUUAAUCUUGGACGAUUAUGACUCUGACGUAGCUAGGGGUCAAACCACAUGUCUGUUGCUCUUUUUGCUGUGAUUGUUUUAUGUAAUAAUGAAACAGCCUGCUUUCCA